AAUCCGAUUGUGUCACUUUUAUUGCAAGUUGGAGGAAAGUGCUCCUCCCGUGGAUUUCCUUUGAAUAAAAGUAAUUGUUUUUGGAUAAAACUGCUCUCAAAAUGGACUAACGCUAGUUAAUAAGAGCUGCAAAAGUUACAGUACGUUGCAGUGCAUCGGUUGACGUUCCGUUCCCGUCGCUGCGGGCGAUUUCCAUAGAGCAAGUGAAAAGGCGAAGUCCGCGUUAUUCUAGAUAGUAGGGGAGCUUUACGCGUGAGCUGGCAUAAUGAUCGGUGGUUUGUUUGUAUACAACCACAAAGGUGAGGUUCUGAUCUCUCGCGUUUACCGCGAUGAUAUCGGGCGCAACGCUGUGGAUGCAUUCCGGGUGAAUGUAAUCCACGCCCGGCAGCAGGUCCGCUCGCCGGUCACUAACAUUGCGAGAACCAGUUUCUUUCACAUCAAGAGAGCCAACAUCUGGUUAGCAGCCGUAACUAAACAGAAUGUAAACGCCGCUAUGGUGUUCGAAUUUUUGUUGAAAAUUAUCGAUGUAAUGCAGUCUUACUUCGGAAAAAUUUCGGAAGAAAAUAUUAAAAACAAUUUCGUCCUCAUAUAUGAACUUUUAGAUGAAAUUCUUGACUUCGGUUACCCGCAAAACUCCGAUACUGGAGUUUUGAAGACGUUCAUCACGCAGCAGGGCAUCAAGACGGCCACCAAGGAGGAGCAGGCUCAAAUCACCUCCCAGGUUACAGGCCAGAUUGGCUGGCGUCGCGAGGGAAUCAAGUAUCGGCGCAAUGAACUAUUCCUGGAUGUGCUUGAAUACGUCAAUCUGCUGAUGAGCCCGCAGGGUCAGGUACUGUCUGCCCACGUUGCUGGUAAGGUGGUCAUGAAGUCGUAUCUGUCAGGUAUGCCCGAAUGUAAAUUCGGAAUCAACGAUAAGAUCGUAAUGGAGGCUAAGGGCCGUAGCGGUAUCUCUGGUAACGCGGACAACGAAGUUUCUCGCUCGGGUAAACCGGUUGUGGUGAUCGACGAUUGUCAGUUCCACCAGUGCGUCAAGCUCAGUAAAUUCGAAACCGAACAUUCUAUAAGCUUCAUUCCACCGGACGGUGAGUUUGAGCUGAUGCGUUACCGAACAACCAAGGACAUUUCGUUGCCAUUCCGGGUGAUUCCGCUGGUGCGCGAAGUCGGUCGGACAAAGAUGGAGGUCAAGGUGGUGUUGAAAUCGAACUUUAAGCCUUCGCUACUGGGCCAGAAGAUCGAGGUGAAAAUUCCCACCCCUCUGAAUACUUCCGGUGUUCAGUUGAUCUGUCUGAAGGGUAAAGCGAAAUAUAAGGCUUCCGAGAAUGCAAUUGUCUGGAAAAUCAAACGCAUGGCUGGUAUGAAGGAGACUCAGCUUUCCGCGGAAAUCGAGUUGCUCGAAACGGAUACCAAGAAGAAGUGGACUAGACCCCCGAUUUCUAUGAACUUCGAGGUUCCAUUUGCACCUUCUGGAUUCAAGGUGCGCUAUCUCAAAGUGUUCGAGCCCAAGCUGAACUACUCGGAUCACGAUGUGAUCAAAUGGGUGCGAUACAUUGGCCGCAGCGGUUUGUAUGAAACUCGAUGUUAAAACGGCAAAUAUUCAACUGAACAUUAAUGUUAGAAUGACUAAUAUCGGAGAUAUUUGUGGUAUUCUAUAUUUACGUGCUGUAGGAACGAAUCGUUGAAGAGGGAGUUGUCAUUGCUGUACAACUGCCCACGUUAUAAUGAAAUUCAAACAAGAAAAUAACAAACAAAACUUGCAAACGCUAAAACACACUGCUUGUUUACUGAGUAUGGUAAAAAAGACAACUGCUUUGUCCAUAUUCCGUUAUACAGCAUCCCUCGAAGAUAGUUCAAGUUCACUGAACCGGGCAGAGUCGAUGUAUCAUUUCUCUUAGAAGUAAGCCAUCACUGUGUACGCAGUGAUAAAGUUUAUCUUUAUUGAAAGCGAAUUUCAAGGUUAUCAAAAUUGUAUCUUUAGGAUCGACAACAUAUGCUCCUUAUUCUCGUUACAUAUGAUUAUCAAUUAUAAUGGUACACAUUAUAUAAUAUACUAAAAGUUCAUCUUGGAAGUAAAAUAUGGACAUGACUAAGUAAAAAGAAUAGACCAUUGCAAAAUCAUAGGCUAUACUAGAAAAUUGCGAAUGCAUUAAGAUAAUAAAAUUGUACAUUUACAAAUAAUUUUCGCCUGAUUUUUUCCUUUUUGUUCUUCGCGGAAACUAUCGAAGAAGGUAUUUUGAAUCUCCAUCCUUACCGAAAAAGUAUGUUACUUUUCACAAAACUACAAUUGUUUCGCUCGUUUACUAAAACCGCCCAGGUAACAUUGAUUUGCUUUUCUCAUUCAUUCCAAUUCGAUUUGACCUCGAAACGAAAUUGUGCGUUCCUAUCGGCUUAUAACAUCUUUUGUUUGUGAAACAAAAAUUCUUCGCAAGACAGGUAAAUCGAAUCGACUAACAAAUUGUACAAAAUCUUACAACUAACGAUCGUGUAGCACUCUACGGCAAUACAUAAAAAUAAUGAUAAUUAUUGAAAAUACGCUGUAAUCACAAGCCAUAAACAUAAACCAUCUCACAAGCCUAAACAUAAACCGCUACUUAGUCAUUGAAAAUUGGUUCGGUUAACUCUAAUGCUUCCGGUUUGCUCGUGCACUGAAAGAUCACAGUAAUUGCAAUCCAUUGAGCAUUUUGAAAAUACAACUGGAGUUGGCUGAUUAUAUUACAUUAUUUGGUAAACGGAAUCCUGCUUUGAUCAUUAGACAUACUUGAAAUGCUAUCACAGUAAAAAUAAUAAUGACUAAACGCUGAAACCUAUUGUAUCUACCGAAAACCUGCAAGUAAUAUAUGGAAACAAGAGAUAUGACAUAGAAUAAAUAUUAAAAGUGAAAUAAAACUCAUGAACAUAUGUAGUUGUUGAAAAUA